CUUAACAAGCAAUUUUUUAAGAUAAGCUCCCCCGAUCGGUGCUUACUGAAUUGAGUGAGUGCGGGUGGUGACUAAGCAGGACAAGGACGGAUUUCGCCCGCAGACUACGACUUUCACCUCAUUCAAUUCCCUCCCAGGCACUGCGCUCCUUGCCAACACCCUUCGUUUCCUCCGUGGUUUGACGAACUGACCCCAAUUAUCACAUAUCCAGGUUGCAAACGAUCGCUGGGAAAGACCUUAUCUACAGAAGUAGGACCGGACCUGAUUGAUUAGGUAGAGGUUGUGGAGGUUACCGUCGCUUUAGUCCCGUGGCAAGCGACCUCUGCGACGGAACAUCUGCCCUGCGAAGAAGCCAACGACAACAUUUCCACCUCAUCCGCCGGACGUGAUAGGCCCGCAAGUUUGCUUUUUCAUCGAGAAAGCAGCGUCCGUUUUGUUUACCUGAUUUGACAAGGCUUGUCUACGAGUUCUUGUCCCAGCGACCAUGUCCAACCAGCAGGUGGGCACGGUGUUCGAUCGUGUCAUCCAGGAAGUCUGCGAUGGUUCUCAGGUAGAUUUUGAGGAGAGUGGAGUGGACCAGCAAACACUGCUCGAUUUGAGAAGGAGCUGGCAGAAGAAACUCUCAUCACUGGGGGUCGCUCAUUUCCCUUGGGACCCUCCACCACCACAACCAGCCCCUCAGCCUCAGAACCAGAACCAAAUCCUCCCUCCCAGUGCGACCGUACCUUCUAAUGCCCCCCGUCCCGCUCCUUCCCCCCAGACCCCUCAACAACAUGUGCCCCCACAACAACCAAUGCCUCCUCAAUCUAUGCCUGGCAGUGCGCCUCCAUUACAGGUUCCCACCCCGGUUGGGGCACCACCAAAUGUCAUGGGCCAAGCACCACACAUUAAGACAGAGCCCGGUAUCAAUGGCCAACCUGGCUUACCCCCCAUGAAUAGCAUGAUGCCGACAAACACUCCGAAUCCCCAGUCGGCGCGAGAGCGUGCUGCCAACAUGCUACAUCAAAGAUACGGCGCGGCCGCAGCCAACUCAGUCAGUCAGCUGCAAGCUCAGUCGCAAGCUGCGAUGGCAAUGCCAGGACAAGCCCGUCCCCACACUUUACCGCAUGUGCCAAAUGGCCAGGCCCCACAGAUUAAGCAAGAACCGGGGUAUCCUCCUGUUUCUCAACCGUCGGUGAACAACACACAAACAGAUGGCGCCGGCGAUGAUGCACUGUCAGAAUGGAAAGCAGAGGUUGCGCGAAGGCGUGAGGCUGCUGAACGUCAGAAUGGGGAAGGUGACCGUGUUCUCCGCGAACAUCUGAGACAACGUAUGCUUCAGUUUGAGGGAGGAGGCCUCUUGCUGCCAUUGGAGGAGCGCCAAAGCUCGUCAAAAGCCCUCACCCGUGACUUUGCCACUGAAGUCGCGGUUCCUUCUGACCCAAGCAUCUUGGCGCCGUCUUCCUCCAAAGUAGCCCGCGCUCAGUAUGACGGCCCCGGUGGUGACGAUGAGAGGGACGAAGAUGAUGAAGAUGCCAUCAACUCCGACCUUGAUGAUCCGGACGACCUCAUUGCCGAUGAUCAUGAAGCGGAAGAUGCCGUCGGUCAAGUCAUGCUCUGCACGUACGAUAAGGUUCAGAGGGUGAAGAACAAGUGGAAGUGCACCUUGAAGGACGGCAUUCUAACGACCGGCGGUAAAGAAUACGUUUUCCACAAAGGCCAGGGCGAGUUUGAGUGGUAGGUACGACGAAUAUUCCACAGGGUCUGGGAGUCCGUAUUCCUCCGCUUGCUUUUCUGUUCAUUCAUCUUAUCAAUCUGUAAAAAUGUCUGGCGAAGUCUCGCAAUCUGUUUCUUUCCUUUCUUUCUUCUUAAAUUUUUUUUUUUUUUUUUUUUUACCCAAGGCAAAUUACAGUAUGAGCAGCGAUGACACCCGAGUCUCUUCAGUAUAAACAGAAGUACUCUCUCUAUGGUUUUCAUGAAGGACAUCUGCGGCACGAGACUUUAACCUUCUCCAUGUUACCCUUUAUUUGGAUGCACAUGGCGCUUAUGCAGGGGAUGGCUAUUUCUUUUCCCCAUUGGUGUACUAGAAUAAUUUUACUUUUCAAAUGGGAUGGAUUCACGCUU